CCAAAAUUAGAUACUUUUGAAAUAACAUUCAAUAAAAUAGUUUAUAGUAAAACAAAAAAUUCAUCGUUAUGAAGACGCAACAUGCAGUCCAAUAUGAGAAGAGCAAUAAGAUAUUCUGGUGUUUGAGAAGGUAGCUGUUGUUUUGUCCUGGAUUUGUGUAGUGCUGUUUUUUCCAUUCUCGCUUUGUUGCUGCAUAUUUGUGGUCAGAGAGUGUCAGAGGAUUGUGGUAUUCCGAUUGGGUCGUGUGAGGUGAAGUGCUUGACUUCCUUAAGGGCCAGGUCUGGUGUUUAUGCUUCCCUGCAUCGAUUCGUUCAGAACCGUGGAUAUUCGUACGGAUGUGAUUGAUUCGGACCCCCAGGACAUGCUUACCAAGGACUCAGUGACGAUAACAGUGAACGCAGCUGUGUUCCACCACGUCUUCAAUCCCAUCGACUGGUUCAUCAAGGUGGACGAUGGAAAUGAUGCCAUAAGAAGGAUUUGCCAGGUCACUCUGCGCAGCAUUGUCGGAUCGAAGAAUCUGCACGAAGUCUUGACCUCCAGGGAGCAACUGUCCCUGGAAAUCCAGGAUGCCUUGGCAGAGCUCACGACCCGUUGGGGAGCUCGGGUGACACGGGUGGGCCUGCUGGAAAUUGUUAUACCAAGCAGUAUAGAGCGCUCCUUGGCAGCCGAAGCGGAGGCAGCUAGGGAAGCACGAGCCAAGAUCAUUUUGGCCGAGGGCGACGCCAAGGCUUCACAGGCCUUAAAAGAAUGCUCUGAUGUGAUGUCCGGAAACCAAAUUACCCUUCAACUAAGGCAUCUGCAAAUUCUCUCAUCUAUGGCAAAAGAACGUAGGGUAAAUGUCAUAUUCCCCAUUCCCUUGCAGAUAAUGGAACCAUUUAGCGAUGGAAAAAAGUCGCCGGAACCAGCGAAAAAGGACGAUGAUAUGAAUUUAUACUCACCAAAAGUGUACAUCAUCGGUCCCCCACCGGAAACCCUUCCUGACCCCAACCCCAAUCCCAAUCCCGAACCCCAACCCGAACCUCAGCCCGAUCCCGAAUCAGGUACUGUUAAUGGUUCUAAGUCCUCUGCACCUAGGGGAUACCAAGAAACAAAUCCCCAAGAAGCUGCUAAUAGGGAAAAUGUGGGUGAGAACAGACUUGGCCGAACUUGGCAGUGGCCCCCAUUCUUCAGACCUUCCCCAAGACCUCCUGAUGGCGAACAACCAUCUGGCAGUCGUAGAGCACCUGUUGAAGAUGGCCAACGAGCGACCGGCAGAGGAACUAAUCAAACUAAUGGAGUCGAACCUUAUCCACUACUGACUAAGCCUCCAACCCGUUCUGGUUCUCCUUCUACAAAGCCCACUUCUAUUCCCCUUCCUCCUCGUCCUGAUCCCCCGACUCUUCCUCCGGUUCCAUCUCAUCCAACGCUUCCUCCCAUUCCUCCUCAUCCCUCAUUACCUCCUCUUCCUGAACGACCCACUCCUCCUCCCAAAUCUACUUCUCCUCCUGCAGAAAAAGAUCCAAGAGUAACCAAGCCCGACAAAAAUUAUUAUUUCUAAAUAAUGCCAAUAAAAAUAUAUACUGUAUUUGAGAUAAAUUUAAAAAAUA